GUGGCUAGUCGCGUUCCUCCGGAGUUUUUCGGAGUGUAGAGAGAGGACGCUUCCCGCACUGAGAGGGGAAAGAAAUGUAUCAGCAAUGUGUGGCUGAAAGAAGACAGCGUCAAAGUAACAAACCUGGUAAGCCAUCAUGAUCCCCAUCACCGAGCUGCGGUACUUUGCCGACACGCAGCCGGCGUACCGCAUCCUGAAGCCGUGGUGGGACGUCUUCACGGACUACAUCUCCAUCGUCAUGCUGAUGAUCGCCGUGUUCGGCGGCACGCUCCAGGUCACGCAGGACAAGAUGAUCUGCCUGCCCUGCAAGUGGGUGGUCAACCUGACCUGCGGCCACCAGAACGUCAGCGCCGACCCGAGCAUGGUGGGCCCGCCGGAGCCCAAGGGGAUCCAGUACGACCUGGACCGGCACCAGUACAACUACGUGGACGCCGUGUGCUACGAGAACAAGCUGCACUGGUUCGCCAAGUACUUCCCGUACCUGGUGCUGCUGCACACGCUCAUCUUCCUGGCCUGCAGCAACUUCUGGUUCAAGUUCCCGCGCACCAGCUCCAAGCUGGAGCACUUUGUGUCCAUCCUGCUCAAGUGCUUCGACUCGCCGUGGACCACGCGCGCGCUCUCCGAGACGGUGGUGGAGGAGAGCGACCCCAAGCCGCCGCCCUCCUCGCAGCCGUCCAUGAAGGCCAACGGGGCACGCGCCGGCGGCGGCGGCGGCGGCGACCACAAGCGGACGUCCAACGCCUCCGAGGACGUGGAGGCCAGCGUGCCCAUGCUGCAGCGCACCAAGUCGCGGCUGGAGCAGGGCAUCGUGGACCGCUCCGAGACGGGCGUGCUGGACAAGAAGGAGGGCGAGCAGGCCAAGGCGCUCUUCGAGAAGGUCAAGAAGUUCCGCGUGCACGUGGAGGAGGGCGACAUCGUCUACCGCCUCUACAUCCGCCAGACGCUCAUCAAGGUGGUCAAGUUCGCGCUCAUCAUCUGCUACACGGCGUACUACGUGCGCCACAUCGAGUUCAGCGUCUGGUGCUCGGUGGACCUGGAGCGGCUGACCGGCUACCGGCUCUACCUGUGCGCGCACCCGCUGGCCACCCUCUUCAAGAUCCUGGCCUGCUUCUACAUCAGCCUGGUGGUGGUCUACGGCCUCAUCUGCGUCUACACGCUGUGCUGGAUGCUGCGGCGCUCGCUCAAGCGCUACUCCUUCGAGUCCAUCCGCGAGGAGAGCAGCUACUCGGACAUCCCCGACGUCAAGAACGACUUUGCCUUCAUGCUGCACAUGAUCGACCAGUACGACCCGCUCUACUCCAAGCGCUUCGCCGUCUUCCUGUCGGAGGUGAGCGAGAACAAGCUGCGGCAGCUCAACCUCAACCUGGAGUGGACGCCGGAGAAGCUGCGCCAGCGCGCCACCAAGAACGUCCAGGAGAAGCUGGAGCUGCACCUGUUCAUGCUCAGCGGCAUCCCCGACACCGUCUUCGACCUGCUGGAGCUGGAGGUGCUCAAGCUGGAGCUCAUCCCCGACAUCACCAUCCCGCCCACCAUCGCCCAGCUGGCCAACCUGCGCGAGCUCUGGCUCUACCACACGCCGGCCAAGAUCGAGGCGCCGGCGCUGGCCUUCCUGCGCGAGUCGCUCAAGUCGCUGCACAUCAAGUUCACCGACAUCAAGGAGAUCCCGCUGUGGAUCUACAGCCUGAAGAACCUGAGCGAGCUGCACCUGACGGGCAACCUGAGCGCCGACAACAACCGCUACAUCGUCAUCGACGGCCUGCGCGAGCUCAAGCGGCUCAAGGUGCUGCGGCUCAAGAGCAACCUGACCAAGCUGCCCCAGGUGGUGACCGACGUGGGCGUGCACCUGCAGAAGCUCUCCGUCAACAACGAGGGCACCAAGCUGAUGGUGCUCAACAGCCUGAAGAAGAUGGUCAACCUGACGGAGCUGGAGCUGGUGCGCUGCGACCUGGAGCGGAUCCCGCACUCCAUCUUCAGUCUCCACAACCUGCAGGAGAUCGACCUGAAGGACAACAACCUGAAGACCAUCGAGGAGAUCAUCAGCUUCCAGCACUUGCACCGGCUCACCUGCCUUAAGUUGUGGUACAAUCAGAUCGCUUACAUCCCCAUCCAGAUCGGCACGCUCACCAGCCUGGAGCGCCUCUACCUGAACCGCAACAAGAUCGAGAAGAUCCCCAGCCAGCUGUUCUUCUGCCGCAAGCUGCGCUACCUGGACCUCAGCCACAACAACCUGACCAGCAUCCACCCGGACAUCGGCUUCCUGCAGAACCUGCAGUCACUGGCCGUCACGGCCAACAGGAUCGAGGUUCUGCCGCCGGAGCUGUUCCAGUGCCGUAAGCUGCGCACGCUCAACCUGGGCAACAACUGCCUGACCACGCUGCCGUCGCGCUUCGGCGAGCUGACCAGCCUGACGCAGCUGGAGCUGCGCGGCAACCGGCUGGAGGGCCUGCCCGUGGAGCUGUCCGAGUGCCGCCUGCUCAAGCGCUCGGGCCUGGUGGUGGAGGAGGACCUCUUCAACACGCUGCCGCCCGAGGUCAAGGAGCAGCUGUGGCGCGCCGACAAGGAGCAGGCGUGAGGACCGACCGCCCGGGGGGGCACGGGGAUGAGCGCCAGAAACGAGGAACGAGCACACGGAGAGAUAGAGACUCUCAGAGAGCGAUGGGUGGAUCUGACCACAGUCCAUUUGUCUAUUUUAAUGUCUUGUUUUGGGUUUUGUUUUUUUUGUUGUUUUUUUUUGUUUUGUUUUAAAGAUUAUUUUGUUUGUUCAUUUCUUUGUUUUUAAAGAUUUUUUUGGUUGUUUUUAAUAUAUGAGGUGUGGACUACAAGCUGAUGAUGGUUAGAAAAAGAAGAAGAAGAAAAAGUGUGGACAGAUAUACAGAGAUGAGUGAAUGUGUGGCUAAUCAAGAAUGAGGCACCUUUUGUAUUAGAAAUGUAAAGUCGGAGCUCUGCAAUGUAAUGUAUUGAGUAUUGUGUGCAAGGGCACAUGCUCAAGUGUGAGUGCAAUCACGCCUCCGUGCCUCAAGGUGGCAGUGUAGGAAGGCCAGUUGGCAAGACCCUUAAAGACACUCACACUUACGCAACAGGUAGUGUGAGUGUGUGUGUGUGUGUGUGUGUGUGUGUGUGUGUGUUAUGUGCUUGUGCCUGGUGACCGGUUGAGAAAGUUGAGGCGUGGAAUGAAAACAAAAACACACUAACGGCUCUACAACAGUAUCUCAUGACGUCACACACACCUUCAUUCAAUCCUCAACACUGUGUUGACCAACUGUAAAAUCUGCUACACACACACACACACACACCACACACACACACACACACACACACACACUACACACACUAGCGUGCCUGUGUAAAUGUACUUAAUCUCUCUGUUAAGUGGAGGGAGUACUUCACAUUUGAAAGUCUAGAGAAUGGAAGGUCCUUCUGCAAAAGGGAAUUUGAGACAGGCAGUCACACAGCCAGCUCAUGACUCCUGUUCUAAUGGCCUUAAUGUCAUAUGCUGGAAUACUGGCUGCUUUUAGAAAACAAAAACACAAAAAACUUGCAUCUUUUUAAUUUUAUAUAUAUUUUUUUCAUUUGUUUCAAGAUAUGCAAAUGUAUGUUUUAACAUUCAUGACGUAACACUUUUUUUUGUAUUAGCCGUUUAUAUGGUUUAUUAUUAUAUUGUAAUUAUUUUAAUGUUUUAACUAAGAGAAUGGUAGGUUGAGUGUACUGACAGGUAUGUUGUCAUGCCCAGCCACAGAGACUGAAUGUCAAACACACACACACACACACACACACACACACACAUACUGCUCAGUAAGCCAAUGAAACACUCCUUUAAUACACUU